GGAAGCAAGGGAUCGAGAAUGUAUUUGAAGAAAUAAUGACCGAGAGCUUCCCUGCCCUGGUGAAGGAAAUCGACAUGCAGGUCCAGGAAGUGCGGGGAGUUCCAGAUGGGCCGAGCCCAGGACAUGACAUCUGGCGCUCAACUGUGGAGCUCAAAGAAGGGAAGGUAGACUACGAGUCUUCACCGUGGAUUUCAUGGCGCAGACCCCAGGACGGGCUGGCACUCUACUUGGUGCUGAAGAACGUCCUUUGUGGGUACCCAGCCAGUGUGUUAAACCUUAUCAUGAGCGACACGCCCAAGAAAAGAAAGUCAAUAUGGCUGAAGAUUGCAAGAUAUGAUUGGCCUCCUAAUUGGCCUGUAGUGGAGGAUACUCGACCUUCGGCACCUCUGAUAAUUGAAAUGUCUAAUCUCUCAUUUCAAUCAGCCCACACAAAGCCAACAGCUCCUUUAGCUUUUUGUGCAGUUACUCCACGAGCAAGAAGCGUUCCCCUACCUACUUGGGAUCAAUUAAAAAAGCUGGCUCAAGUGGCUGAACAUCGGCUGUCAGAAGAAAAAAUUCCAAAAACAGAAGCCAACAUGCUGUUGUCUAUGAUGGCCGUUCUUGCUAUCUCCUCCGAUGUGGACAACAAGCCCUCCGAUGGGCCAUAGAUGAAGAAACUGCAAAGUCCUUGUUUCUCCUUUUACAAAAACAGAAAGGGGGAGAUGUUG